GGAAGCCAUCUUCCAUAUACACAUUUUAAUUAGUUCUUGACAUGGGAGAAAUUAAGCUGUUUGGAACUUGGGCAAGCCCAUAUAGCUACAGAGUCAUAUGGGCUCUGAAACUGAAGGGAAUAGACUAUGAAUACAUGGAAGAAGAUAUCUCCAACAAGAGUGAUUUGCUUUUGCAGUACAACCCAGUUCACAAGAAGAUCCCUGUUCUUGUUCAUGGUGGAAAACCAAUAGUAGAAUCUAUGAUCAUCCUUGAAUACAUCGAAGAGACGUGGCCGGAGAAUCCCCUGCUUCCAACUGAUCCUUACGAGAAAUCCAUCGCACGAUUUUGGGCCAAAUUCAUUGAGGAUAAGGGUAGUCAAAUUUGGAAGUUCUUUACAACUACAGGUGAAGAACAUGUUCUAGCCACUAAAGAGAGCUUGGAAAUGUUGAGAAGUAUUGAAGAACAUGGGCUUGGAGAAAAGAAAUUUUUUGGUGGAGAAACGAUUGGAUAUGCAGACUUGGCCUUUGGAGGGACGGCUCACUGGCUGGGAGUGAUGGAAGAUAUAGUAGGGGUUAAGUUGAUUGAACCUAAUACCUUCCCUCGCUUGCAUGCUUGGAUACAAAAUUUCAAGCAAGUCCCUCUUAUUAGAGAUAACCUUCCUGAUCGUGAUCAGAUGUUCCACAUGUUCAAGCGUCGCAGGGAGAUGCUUUUGGCAUCAGCACCAUCACAAUAGAUCUCUCUCUCUCUCUCUCUCUCUCUAUAUAUAUAUAUAUAUAUAUAUGUGUGUGUGUGUGUUAUGAGUUUUGACUUGAUUCUAUUUCAUAUCAUCCCUUUCCUAUGCUUGUGUAAAAAUUUGAAGUAUAAUAAAAUGGACUUGGUAAUGUGAAGCAGACUUUCCACCAAAA